GCGAACGAGGGAAAGGAAAGGGAUGGAGAGAAUCCCGGCAGCUCGCGCCAUGGAAUGGAGCAUCGAACUCGAGAAAGCUCUCCGUUCCAAUCUUUCAGGUCGGCAAAUUGAGGCAAUUGAACAGAUUGGUUGGAAUCUUAAAGAAUGGAGCAAGGAACCAGAGAUUACAUUGGCAGUUGCAAAUAUGUAUGGUUUGGUACCUGGUGAGGACAGAACAUUUGCAAACACAAUUCUUCUUCGGCUUGCAGAUGCGUUUAGGACAGGGGACAAUAAUAUUAGAAAAUCUAUUUUAAAGAUCUUUAUGCUAGAGUUGAAGCACCUUAUGAAUAAGGGCAAAUGCUAUAAUGGAAUUUUGGCAAAGUGUAGAGUUCCUAAUCAUGCAGAACUGCUUAAAAGAGUAAAGGUAGUUUUUGACACAGGUGAUUCUGUGGCCAAAUCUUUGGCUUUACGCUUAUUUGGUUGUUGGGCUGAUCUAGCAAAGGAUAGCUCUCAUACUCGGUAUAUGAUACUUCUGAGCUUGCAGUCCUCCCAUGUUACUGAGGUAAAGGCAUCACUCUUCGCUGCUGGUUGCUUAUGCCGAUUGUCUGAAGAUUUUGCAUUCGUUGUGGUGGAAGUGCUUAGUAAUAUGAUUUUAUCAGAAUCACCUUUUGAUGUGAAGUUGGCAGCUAUUCGUGCUUUUGCUAGAUUGUGUUGUUCAUUAUCCGUCACAACCAGAGCUUAUAAGGCUGGUAAAAAACUACUGGCAGGCCUGAUACAGGAUGGGCUUAUUGCUGAGAUGCUGUCAUCCCUGUCGAACUUAGUUUCCAACUCAUCUUCCCUGAUCCAUGAACAGGUAGACUUACUCGUUUCUAUGCUAGACAAAGAGUCUUCUCCUUUUAUCAAAGCUAGGGUACUAAAAUGCUUAUCUUUCCUGAUAGUUCAAGGUGCUUCCUUUCCAGUUUCUAGUAAAUUACUAGAUUCAUUGCUUCUUGUCAUCGAGGACAGUAAUUUUCAAGCUGAAGCUUUACAAAUUCUGCAGAAGAUUUUCUGCAGGAUGUUUUCUGGUCUCUCGGAUAUAGAUGUUCCUGAAAUCUUAAAAGUGGUGAAUGCUAUGGAGAAUGUGGCAUGUUCUUCUAUUGAGGCAAACAGCUGCCUAGCACUUGGUGUUCUCAUGGAAAUGUUGUGCAGCUUUAAAAAGGUUAGGAGAGGACAUAAGUGGCACUCUUCCGAGAAGUCGCAUGUAGCGUUCUUUCAAUUGCAAGAAAGUGUGCAGGCUCUAUCUUGUACUUCUGGGGGAGAUGGUAUCAGAUUCCUUCUUUGGCACGUUAUUUCAUUAGUUAUGGAUCACCUCAAAUCUCUUUUGGAAAGAGUGUAUCCUGAGGUAGGUGGUGAGUUUUCUAAAUUAAGUAGGGUGAAAAAUGAGUGUCAAAACUUGUUUGCUCUUCUUAUGCAUCUUGCUGAAGAGUAUCCUACAUCAGUUGCAGUGUUACUAGAAAAGGCAAGAUGUCUAGUAGGAAUAUUAGUUGGUGCACUGGAAAGGCUUCACGCAAAAACCAUCAAUUCAUGUGGAGAAACAAAUACUAAUUUUCCAUUGACAGAGUCUGAUCACAACAUGCGGAUCUCUUUUAUUUUGGAACUGAUAAUGUGCAUUGUUAGGCUUGUCAAUGCUUGCUUCACAAUCCUUGAUGAAAGUGGUUCAGUUAGCAAUGAAGCCUGCAGCAUGGUUAUGAAUAUAAUUGAUUCCAUUCAGCAGAGUGGAUAUGAUGUUUGCAAUAUGCAUGACAUAUUCCUACAUUGCUUGCAUCUGUCCACAACAUGCCACUCCCAUACCCUAAGCACAGGAAGUACACACCCUGAUGAGGUAUCAAUAGGUGUUAAUGUAGGAUUUCCACAUAAUGUCUGUUUUUUCAGUCAGGAAAAGCAGACACUUGAUAUCAUAAAAAAAAUCAUAAAACAUGGGAAUUAUUGGGCAGCUUACAAAGCUGGAAAACGUGCUUGUUCUGAAGGUUUCUGGUUAGCAGCUGCUUUUACUUUUAGAAAGUUGAUAGAAUGUGUACGAUCAAAUUCUUAUCGCUGCUGGAUCAGAUCUUUUAUCUUAUUUUCAGGCUCUGAAAGUGAGAUCAAACUUCUUCUCUUUCCAAAGGCAGGAGCAGAAUUGAUAAAUGAAUUACACAAAAAUAGUGAUUGUGAGAGGCCUUUAAGUUGUGUUGAAGCUGAGUUGAAGCAAAAUGUUGAAGAAAAUUAUGAUUUGCAUGAUUUUGACAAGAAGCUUCCCAGGGUUUAUAGCAGGCUUUAUUCGUCGGUGCAAAGCUUAGCAGCAGCUGGACACUCAGAUGGUAUAUACUGCUUCCAGAUGUGGUUCCUAAGUCUCAGAGCUAAGAUUUUAGAAAUUGUGGCGGAAAUGCUUGGACUCCUUAAUUCGCAUAUGAUUACCAUGGAAAACCUUGCAAAAGAGGUUAAAAGAAAUGCACACAUGAGUGGAGCUGUUAUGCCAAAUAUUAGUGAUUUGGUAGAUAAGUUUGCUAAUAUUUCUUCCCGGCUGAAUAAUCUAGCAAAAGCGUAUGACACACUUGCAACAUCUUUCUUAGAUAUUGAUUUCUCUAGUGUCGGGAAUAUGUUGAGGUUUGCUCUUAAUUGUUCACUGCUGGCAUUUUCUGCUACCUUUGCUUUCAACUUCUUCAGCUUGCCUUCUUUUGAGAGCAUAAUCUCUUAUAGUUCACAGAAGUUGGAAAACCAUCCACCUACUGUUCUUUUACAGGAUCUUGUUGACCGACUUUGGGGUAUUGAUGACAAUAUUGUUCUGCCACUUCAGCAAUUUAUGGUUGGUUCUGGGGAAUUAAUGUGCUAUCCUCAGUCCAGGACACAAAUAAACAAAUCUGACCACAAAAAUCAGUGUUCGUUGUCGAUUAGUAGUUUUGCUGUAUCUAAUAUUCUUAAAAUUCAUGAAGAUGCAAAAAAAGUGAAAGAUGAUGAAGAUCUGUAUGUGCUUUUCAAGAGAGCUAUGCAGCUUCUCUCUGACAUUGUAAGAAAAUGGAUGGAGUUGCCUUUUCAGCUUCCCAAGUAUUUCUUCAGAGUAAGGCCUUGCACUGGUGCCGAACUUUUCGUAUUCAAUGCAGAUUCCAGACCAGAAGGGGAACUCUCCAUCUUCCCUGGCUUCCAGCUAUCUCUAAAUAUUUGCAUCCAAUUAAAGAAUGCUGGAUCAAAUGUUCAGGUUUGUGAGAUGCAUUGUGUUAUCACUACAAGCUUAUCCCAUCGAGUGACCACCGGAGCUGAAGGGAGAGACAGACAAGCAAACAUCACAUUUGAAACUGAAAAGAUUGAAGAAAUGGUUAAAUUGAAUGAGAUGUUACUGCUGCAUUUGAGAUUCGACAGCAAAGAUACUCAUAGAAAACAUUCAGCAGUGUUUGAUAGUAGUGAUACUGCGACAACAUUUAUAUCUUUCAAACCCAAUGAAAGAGGUCAGGGAUUCUCAACUUGCCUGCUGGAUGUUUCUGCAUUCCCUGAAGGUGCAUAUCAAAUUAAGUGGCAAAGUUGUUGUAUUGAUAAGAAUGGUUCUUAUUGGAGUUUACUGCCAUUGAACACUGGUUCUAUCUUCACAAUAAAAAAUAAACCUUGACGCA